UUUGGCAUUUUCGCUACAUUGAACAAUUGUCGCGUUUUCGAAAUGAAGACAAUGCAAUAGCAAUAAAAACAAUUUUAUACCUGCGAACGUUUAAUUAGAGCAAGCUUAAUAAAUUUCAUUUUAAAAGUACUUUCCAACCAGUUUAACGAUAUAAUGUCUGAUAACGAUGAUGAUUAUAUGUGCGAAGAAGAAGAAGAUUAUGGCCUGGAGUAUUCCGAAGACAGUAAUUCAGAACCAGAUGUGGACCUUGAAAACCAGUACUAUAACAGUAAAGCAUUAAAGGAAGAUGAGCCAGCUGCUGCUCUGCUCAGUUUUCAAAAAGUUCUCGAGCUUGAAGGUGGUGAUAAGGGAGAAUGGGGAUUUAAAGCUCUCAAACAAAUGAUAAAGAUCAACUUUAAACUGGGCAACUUCACAGAAAUGAUGACGAGGUACAAACAACUGUUAACAUACAUAAAGAGUGCGGUCACAAGGAACCACUCUGAGAAGUCCAUUAACUCUAUUCUGGAUUACAUAUCAACAUCUAGAAACAUGGAACUCCUUCAAGACUUCUAUGAAACUACUUUAGAAGCUCUGAAAGAUGCAAAGAAUGAUAGACUGUGGUUCAAAACCAACACUAAACUAGGGAAGCUCUACUAUGACAGAGGAGAUUUUAAUAAAUUAGCAAAGAUAUUGAAGCAGUUACAUCAGAGCUGUCAGACAGAUGAUGGCGAAGAUGACCUUAAGAAAGGCACACAAUUGCUAGAAAUUUAUGCUCUGGAAAUUCAAAUGUACACUGCACAAAAGAAUAAUAAGAAAUUAAAAGCCUUGUAUGAACAAUCCCUUCAUAUUAAAUCUGCAAUACCCCAUCCACUUAUUAUGGGUGUUAUUAGAGAAUGCGGUGGCAAAAUGCACUUGCGUGAGGGAGAGUUUGAGAAGGCGCACACAGACUUCUUUGAAGCUUUUAAGAAUUAUGAUGAGUCUGGCAGUCCACGCAGAACCACCUGCUUGAAAUAUCUAGUAUUGGCAAAUAUGCUAAUGAAAUCUGGAAUAAACCCAUUUGACUCCCAAGAAGCGAAGCCAUACAAAAACGAUCCAGAAAUUCUAGCAAUGACUAACUUAGUUAUGGCAUACCAAAAUAAUGAUAUUAAUGAAUUUGAAUCAAUUCUCAAGCACAAUAGGAACAAUAUUAUGGACGACCCAUUUAUUAGAGAACACAUUGAAGAUUUGUUAAGAAAUAUUAGGACGCAAGUUCUCAUCAAACUUAUUGGUCCUUACACUAGAAUCCAUAUUCCAUUCAUAUCGAAGGAAUUGAACAUUGAUGAGAAGGAAGUGGAGAAUCUGCUUGUUACUUGUAUACUCGACAACACGAUAUCCGGGCGCAUCGACCAAGUGAACGCGGUGCUGGAGCUGGCGGGCGGCGCGCGCGGCGCGGCGCGCUACUCCGCGCUCGACAAGUGGACCGCGCAGCUCGCCGGCCUGCACCUCGCGCUCGCCAACAAGAUGGCCUGACCGCAUCGCCGCUGACCGCCCGCACCCCCGCCACCCCCUCCACCCCCGCCACCCCCGCCACCCACGUUAGGGGACCGGUGGAAAUGACAGCCAGAUCCGAGGUCAAAUAAAUAACAUUUUCGUGUCACAAUGUCCUUUCCCGUGCCACGUCGAAACGGCUGGACAGAUUCUCAUAAAAUUUUGUGUGUAUUUUGGGUAGGUCUGAGAAUCGGCCUGUUUUUCAAACCUCUAAAUGAUAAGUGUAAGGCAGAACAGUUUGCCGGGUCGGCUGGUGUAAGUAUAAAAAUUAUGAACACUUUCAUUUUGUCGAAAAUGUUAAAAUAAAUAAAAUAUGUGUAGUCAUUAUUAAUAUAAUUUUUAUACUUACAAAUAAAUGUUUUAACUUCUGAUCUGACUUUGUUAUAUCUUUCCUAUAAUUGUCUAUGUGUAUAGUUGGGGAGAGGGGGGAGGGCGUAGGUGCUAGGGCAUGUGAGUUGUGGUUUUGGUGGGAAUGAUUGAAAAUUAAACCCGGGAGAUGAAGUGAAUCAGUAAUAUAUAAAAUGAUGUCAUUAAUUUCACAUCACUAUUCCAUAAUUUAUUUAAAGCCAAAUUACUUUACAAGUAUUCACCAUUGGUAUCUUAUAUUUCGUAUCGUUAAAUGAUUUUCUCGCUCCCACCCCCACGAAUGUCGAAUGAAUUACAAAUGAAUAUAUUGACUCAAUGAAGUAAUGAAAAUGUCUCCAGCUUCCUUGCUUCCAUAAAAUCAAUAAUUGUACAGCUCAAUGUAAAAAUCGGUUAAUACUAAAUUGUUAUUGUUCAGUUCUUAAUGAUAUGAAAAACAAUUUCAUACGCGUGUUUAACGUACAUCGGUCAUUAAGGAUACUGUUCUUUAAUAAAGUCUUUCGAGAUUAUAAA